GUCAUUUAUCGGAAAUGACCAAAUAGGAAAAGUUUACAGGCCCCCUUUGAUUUGGAUUUUUAUUUUUUGAACGCAGGUACAAAUUUGGGAUAAAUAAACAAUAUCGAACAAGGAAAGGCUGUGGAAUGAACAACAGACUUCUUCUAACGUGCCUUACAUUAUGUUUGUCGCACACAGUCUUCUCCGCUCCUCUCGAAACUUCUACUGUGAAGUCUGGAGCAGAGGAAGCGCAUCCGGCGACUCCAAAGUCGGUAAAUCUGGAGGAUAAAGUAAAAGAAGCAGUGCAAAAAGCUGAGUUAGAUGCUAGCCUUGCUGCUCAGGAUGCAGUGAAGCAUGGGCAUAAGGCCGAAUCAAGAGUUGAGAGAAUCAGAGGGUCGGCUGAGCCAAGUCAUGAAAGUAAUGAUGAGACUGCAGACGACAAGCCAAAUCAAACAUCCAGAAAACAUGCGACUUUAGUAAGUGACAUCGACGAAGGACCUCACAUUAAGCGAGUAAAAGAACAUAAAGUGAACCGAAAGCCAGGUGGUAUAGGCAAAAUGAUGGGAUUGGGUGAGCUAGGAGACCUCGGAGGUAAUAACAAUGAUUACAAAGAAGACACCAGAUUAGAGGAUCGUUUAGCUAUGGAAGCUGAAGAGGAAAAGAAAUACGAAACAGGAGAGGGGUACGGCGGCGGAGGGGGUGGAGGAGGUGCAGGAGCAGGGUGGGAAGAUGGGGGAAAAGGUGUCAACUGGGCCACAAAUAUACAAAGACAGGACGCUGCAGAGAAACAAAGCAUUCAGGCCCAGGUCGCCUCUGAAAGUGCUCAUGAGCUGGACGAGAUUCAACGUGCAAUCGCGGCAGAGUCCCAGUCCUCUCGUGGUUCUGCUUCCAUUGGCAAUGGAGGUGCUUCUGUGGUUGGCGGAGCUCCUGCGGGGGCACAGCAAGAAGGUAUACAACCGAGAAUAUCUAGCCCUCAAGAAGAAGGAAGAGGAGGUCAACCAGUGGCCUUUGGGGGAGGUCAACAAAGAGAGAACCAAGACGAAUUUCAGGAAUAUGCUUCUCCUUAUACAUCCCAACAAUCAUCUUUUGUUCAGCCAGAGAUUUCAAUCCUUAUUCACCAAGCAGACAAAAUGUUGCCAAAUGAAAUGAGAGGAUCUUCACAACAAAGCAACAUGGAACUCGGUAGUUUGGGAGCACGUGGAACUCAAUCUUUAAAUGGUGGCAUGGGAGGCUUUGGAGGCCUUGAAGGAGCGCAACAACUAGGUGGACAAGGUCAGGCAGCACCAGUGGAACAAGCUCCCAUGGGAGGAUCAGAGAGAACGGGAUUUGGAGGGGCCAUGGAUGCAGGUGCGAUGGGACAGGAGGCGAUGGGACAAGGGGCGAUGGGAGGAGGUGGAAGAUUGAGUGAAUCUGCGGUAAGCCGCAUGAGUGAAGGUUCCCUUGGAGGCGGUGGUUCUUUGCAAGGAAUGCAAGGUGUUCAGAGCGUUCAAGGAAUGGAAGGAAUGCAGAGCAUGACAUCUGCUUUUACAGGAGGACAGCAAGUUCAAGGAGGGAUGUUAUCCGAUGGUGGUGGUGUUAAUGCUCUACAAGGGCAAGGAAUGAUGGACGGUAGUCUUCAAAGUAACAGUCUUCAAGGAGGCGCUCUCCAAGGAGGUCUACAAAGCAUGAUGGGUGGAGGACUAGCGGGACUUCCGGCCAUGGGCGGUGGGGGAGAAUUUGGACAGCAACAAAUGGCAUUUAAAAAGUCAACAAUAGCAAGACCAAGUGAUUUCCAGCGCUCCAAGACACAUCAGAAGGAAGAAAGCAAACGUAAACUAAAGAAGACCUCACAAGAAUACAAAGAUGCUACUGCAGAGGGUUCAACGCCAGCUAAGCAUCUUUUGGAAGACAGAAAGACUGUACCGGUAAAAAAGAGUAAAAUGACAAAAAGGCAACAUUCAAAACACUCGAAAACGCAGUGAAGCUGAUUAACUUGGUCGUAGUCUACUAUUGCCGCUACUUGGAAUGCAUCCAGGAAGAGGACAUAAAGCUUGGACUCUUACGACACACACUGCAAGAUGAUAAACAGUUUUUUUAAUAACAAUUGUCUUGGAACAAUCGUUUAAGAAGCACUCGAAUGAAAAACAACUCUUAUCCGUAGGAAGCAAUUCAUAAAUGUAAUAAACAUAACCCUUGUGUGAUCACCCAGCGUAUUUCAAGGACUAAAUGUUUAAACGUGUGAUAUUUUUUAUUUGAUACUGUCUUAGAGAAGAAAUAACGUGUAUAAAUAAAGAAAAAUACAGAAGAAGUCUUUGUUGGGGAGUUUAUUGCGGUUUUAAAAAGAAUCUCGAAAGGUGAAAACCCUCAGCCAUCUUGCUACAACACAACGCUCGCAAAUGUCUGCUAGGCCUUGAUACAUUUUGGCGCUAUCCAUGAUUUAAUAUACCCUCUACUGUAAUCAGACUCCUUCCGCACUCAAAGUGUCGGCCAUUUUGCCAUGCAUUGUAGCCUUUAGAGCGUUUUGUGGACACAAUGGCAACCUUAAAAUAGCGAAGAGAGGCGUAUUUUCCAUAUCCUCAUUGUAGCUAAUAGUGGGGGUAUUGACGUCGACCCGAAUGAUGUGUUAUUCGCUUGAUUGCGGGGUUUCCAUGAACGUGAUUCCUUCGAAACAAGAGAGGAUGUAGGAUAAGAAAGUUUAUCACUCAUAUAGGCCCUAUAUUCUCAAGGUAAUCCCUCUCAGGUUACUUUUAGAUAUGGGAUCCAGUUCUCCGUGUAUAAUGCGGCCACGCAGUUGUUUUUUUGGAGGAUGAAAAUGCAUAAAAAGCCGCUUGAGAUGUCCAUCACAGGAUUGGUUGCGGGACCAUCCCGGUUUUAAUGAAGCCGGGAGUGAUCUAAAUAAAUCUUGAGGGCUAUUACCUUGAGAAUAAGCUCUAUAUGGGCGAUAAAUUCUCUUAUCCUUCCAGCAUCCUCUCUCGAUCAAACUCGUUUCUUGUCCACUUAUUUAAUCAAGUUUUCAAGGCACUUUUCUCGCAAUAAAGCAAUGACGACGAGCGCCAAACAUAUAUGGAGGAUACGUUUAGAAUAGCGUAUGGGAAGUGUGAACAAAGUCUCUGAAAUGAAAUACGUCAUUUUUAGAGAUAAUUAUAUCACUUUUCAAAGUAGAAGCUAAGAACAGUCAGAAAUCUGAUUUAAUUUUUAUUGGCGGCGAUCUCUGGUAAACAUCUCAAAUGACAAAACUAACACAAAUGAAUAAUCUGCUGAUGUAAAAAUCUGAAUACACAGCAUAUCUGCGUGCUUCAAAGAAGAAUUUCAUCCUGAUUCCGGUUUGUAUCGAUUGAUCAAAAGAUUAAGAAGGCUUUUUAUUUCAUCCCUAUAAAAAUAUAUAAUAACCAGCUCCUUCGGAAAAAGGAAAAUAAAGUUUA